AUGUCCAAAAACAGCUAUGCUUUGACUCUGAGUCAUGUAAGACAACAAUGCUCAAUAAUAUUAAGAAAGAAUGGAGAUUAUUGGCUUUCAUUAUCUUCUGCAUUCUUCUUUUGGUUAUUACUGUUUACUUUAUUGGUUGUUGUGCCUUUAGAAACAACCUAUCCCAUGAUUACAAGUACUUGCACCAUCCUUGAGCUUGGAACAAACUCUGAAUCCAAGAGAGCAAGAUGCAUUUUGAUUUCUUCUUCUGUGGACGAACUGGAGUAUGACCCGAGACGGGAAGAGAAAGAUUUUUUUCUCCGGCAAGCUUUCUCUCGUAAAGCCAAAGAUGCCCCAAGACAAGGUCAAACUGUUGGGUAG